UCUAUAUAUGAAAACUCUAUAUAAAUGCAAUGUACGAUUCAUUAACAAUCUAGUGUUCAAGUAUUGUAACUAUGGCUCGAUUAAACUGUAUUGCGUUACUCAUUGUUGCAACGAGCGUACUGAUGUGCGUUCUUGCAGAAGACCUCCAUAGUGAAUUGGAUGACCUUGAUAUUCCAAAAAUACUCGCAAAUGACGCUGAACGACAAGGAGUGAUCGAUUGCAUUUUGGAAAACGCAUCGUGCACAGAAUUAGAGACGAAAGCAGCAGCUGCAAUCAAAGAUGCUUUAAAAACAAACUGCCAAGCAUGUGGUGACAAACGAAAAGAAAAUAUGAAGAUAAUUACCGACUGGUUCAACCAGAACCAACCCGAUACUUGGACAUUAGUAGUUGCAAAAGUCAACUCAUAAAGAAAAAGAAUGCUGAUCAAUAACAACUGGCAACAAAAAUGAAUAACGAAUCUUUCGAAGUAUACCAUAUCCAGACUUUUCCAAUUAAUGGAUUUCUUAAUAUAACAACUCAUAAUAUGAUUUAUAAUUUGAUAAAUUAAAUAGUAUUUGUAAACGGUACCCUAUGGUAAGGGGAAAUAACAAGUGGUACCUAAAGGGAUUUUAAAGAAAUAUUUUGCACAAAUUAAUUUGACUGAUAUGUAAUUUGUAUUACUUCAACAGAAAAAAUAUGUUAAAAGUAUAUAAAUACAUGUAUAUGACAUUGUAAUAAAUUGUGACUUUGAAAA